UUAGUUUGCUACUUAUGAACAGAGCAUAAUUAGGUAGUUACGAUGUAAAAAGUCUAUAACGUGUAAUCUAAAAUGCGUACAACAUAAAAAACUAGAUAAAUCAAUGACUCAACCUGCCGGCCUGUUCAACGACGUCGAGACCGAUACACCUCGAAAUAUUGUAUCAAUUCGGAACGAAUACGUCCGAGCCCCGAAUGGGUUUGUUUUCUAGAGCUACGAUAGGUAUUUGAUAGAGUUACCACUAUUAGAUAGUAAUACAAAAAACAAAAAUGAGUACAACCACGGCACAUUUGCCCUCGCACAAUCAAACUCUAGUCGUAGAUAUGAAUCGUAGUGGUAAUACAAGUAGAGUAGCACCGGCCUUCAGCAGCGAAUACUGGGAGGAUCCACCAGGGUAUGAUGAUGUGGUUACACCGGAGGCUCCGCCUCCACCGUACGAGUCACUGUUUGGUCGCGUCCGAGAAGUUCACAAAGCUUCGAACGGGACGUUGGAUUUUGUGAAGAACGUUGUCACGCUGCUGUUGGGAACUUUGGGCUGCACCAUUAUUCUUGGGAUUACGAUUGUCAUUCCUCUUUGUAUGCUUGCCUUUGGUAUGAUGUUCAUGCGUCAGUGUCCUAAAAGUGAGUAUAUUCCUGUUUUUCUCAUGGUCGGCGGUGGCUUGGGAAUUAUCAAGCAGCUGUUGCAUCUAUCUACACGAGUGCGAAGCAGAGUAGAGGAUCAGGAACUGGAGCGGCUGCGGCAAUACCCAACGCAAACCAUGAUCAACUGUUUCCUGCUCGGUUGGUUCGUCAUCGGAUCCUUUUGGGUGUACGGAAUCUACGAGCCAAGUUACGAUCCCGCUAGCAAAAAUGGCUAUUGCAACAAAACGUUGUACCUAUUCUCGUUUUGGUUGCUGUCGUCGAUUUAUAUUGCAUUGGGAGUAGUGACAUUUAUUUUGGUGGGAGUGGCUAUUCUUGGAACCGUUAUCGGUUUUUUCUCGCUCUGGCACAAUGCCGAUGAAUCUGCGUAAUGGUUGUUGGAAUCCUCCUGUAGUAGUUUUACAGAAAAUUUCAUGGGAUUUCAUAAACCAUUUGCUUUUUCAUUGCCCACCUUGUAUUUGAUAAGUGAUCUCCAAUUGAUUAGGAAUUCUGACAUUGAUCUCUUAAACCCUCCACAGUUUACCCAUCUUUUGAUAGAAAAUGUCCAAAGACAAAUUAAGUGUUACCGUUUUCAUAGCUAAAUAUGUGAUAUUUUCGCCAAACUUAUUAGAUGUAUUAAUACAAAGCGCUUUCUAAAAGUCAAAAAAGAAGAAAAAAAUUGGUGUAUGUAAUUUAUUGCUAAAACUUUGGAUGUUACUGUAGUUUACUUCAUUCUGCGUAGAAAGUAGAACCAACCGAUAAGCAUGACUAGUUUUUAUUAUUGAAGUGAGCAAACUACAUACAUUUAUACAUCUUUCCAUAUUCAGUAUUUAUAACAUUCAACGGUGCCUCAACUUUUAAACUACCUUCAACCAAGUUAUUGAUAAUCCGCUACCACAAUAUGCAAACACUUUUGAUCGCAUUUUACUAUAAGAAGCUUAUCUGGAAUUCUGAUAUUAUUACGGAAUGGGCUUUGAACAGUUAGUCCUUUCUCAUGCAACCGAUCUAGUAUA